AUGAGGCUCGUCUCCGCCCUCUGCGUCCUCGCGGCCGCCGAGGCCUUCGUCGCGCCGACGCCGCGCCGAAACCCGUACGCGACGCUCGCGGCGACGUCGCAGCAGGCCGACGCCGGCAAGGGCGAGAAGGCCGCGAAGCUCCCGACGAUCGUCGACGCCGGCCACCCCAUGUUCGGCAAGAAGCUGAGGGUGCGCGGCGCGAAGAUGUCGCGGUCCGGCGCGGACCGCUUCAGCAACCUGCGCUGCUUCGCGGAGCCCGGCGACCCCUACGCGUCGCCGCUCAACUACCUCCUCGCGCACGGCGACGAGGUCACGUGCCUCGACUUCAAGGACUUCGCGGGCCAGACCUGGGUCAUGCACGAGGUCGACGAGCGGCUCCGGGGGCUCACGAAGGACGGCGCGCCGCCCGCGGCGGGCACGUACCUCGCCUGGUCCUACAUGGACUUCCAGGGCGCGCGGUGGCUCGUCCCCGAGGGCGACGACGAUGAAUAA